AUGGUAGAUAAUCAUUUGCAUGUUUGUGCGAUUAUGGAGACGCAUGUGGACUCUUCGAAAGUGUAUGAGGUUUGUCAAAAGGUUUGUCGUUCUUGGAGCUGGGCUUCUAACACGGUUCUUUGCAGUAAGGGUACUAGAAUUCGGGUAGGAUGGGAUGCUAAUGUUGUGGAUGUGAUGAUUCUCGCUCAAACGGAUCAAGUUGUUCAUACGCAGGUGUUGUUUAAAUUAGAUCAUAAAUCUAUAUUUGUUUCGUUUGUGUACGCGGACAAUUAUUAUAAGAAACGAAGGGAUUUGUGGCAGAAUUUAGUUAUGCAUCGGUCGUUUAUGAGGAAUAAACCUUGGGUGAUGAUGGGUGAUUUUAACUCACAUCUUUCUUAUGAGGAUUCGAGUGUCGGAUCUUCUACGUUCCAUAUAGGAAAUAGAGAAUUCAAGGAAUGUGUUAAUGAGAUAGAGAUGUUCGACGUUAAUAGUUCGGGGCUGCAUUUUACUUGGUCGAAUAAGCAUAAGGAUAGUGGCAUUAUAUUCAGGAAACUUGAUCGGGUCAUGUGCAACAUUCACUGUCUAGAUGUUUUCCCAAAUGCUGCUGCGUAUUUCCACCCUUAUAGGGUUUCGGACCAUGCUCCGUGUAUCCUAAAGUUACCGGAAGUUUCGAGAGAAAAGCCAAAACCCUUUAAGUUUGUUAACUUAGUGGCUGAUAAACGUGGGUUCUUGGAGGAGGUGAAGCGAAUUUGGAGUACGUGUAUUGAUGGGCACCACAUGUUUCAGGUUGUUCGGAAGUUGAAGUUGCUUAAAGCUCCGCUUCGAAAAAUUCUUUAUCAACAAGGCAAUUUGCACCAGAAUGUUAUUAAUAUACGUAAGCAAUUGGAUGAGUGCCAGGUUAGCAUGGAUGGAGACCCGUUAAAUGGAGAUCUUAUUAGUGAGCAUGGCCGAUUACUUCAGCUUUAUAAAGAUGCGGUGCGUGAUGAAGGAAUGUUUUUGAAACAAAAAUCCAAGGUAGACUGGCUUGAGGUUGGGGAUUCGAAUACUAGAUACUUUCAUAACGUUGUUAAAACGAAAAAACCAUCGAAGCCGGAUUUUUUCUAUUAG